CGCGACGGGCGGCAUUAAUUCGCGCGAUGCAAAAAAUUUCACGCCGCCGUCCGCGUUACGUAAAAAUAGUAGGAGUCGCGCGCGUAUCGACGGCGGCGGUUCGGGCACGCGACAUUCGCCGACUCCGCGGCACAGUCGGCAUCUCAUCGGCCUGUAGAGACAUUAUUACGACAAUCAUUUUAUAAUAAAUAAAUAAUAAUAAUCGUCGUCGUAGUGCGUUUUAAAGUGAUAAAAUAAUAUUACAAUAUAUACUAUUAUUAUUGUUAUUAUUAUUAUUAUUAUUAUUAUAAAGACCGAUUUUAACAACUAUUGUGCGCGAAUCGGAUGCCGGAAUAAUUCGAAAGAAACGAGAGACAAUCGCGCUGCAGUCGCCUCUUUAAUAUCCGGAAAGGAAUAUAUUUUUUUUCAUUUCCAUAAUAAAUUUUGUGCGUACAGUUUCCGACCGCGGUCGGCGUUUGAAUCGUAUUUAAUAUAAUACCUACGUGUGUUUUUUUGCCCGUCGAGUUUUCCUAAAGAUACGGUUCGUCUUUUUCCGCCCGCCUCGUCCCUAUAUCCGUUUUUUUUUUUUUUAUUAACAGUGCGUCUAUCAUAAUACGUAUCCAUCGUAUAAUACAUAACCGCAGCCUCAGCCGUCGCCGAUGAGACCUGGUGGUGCCAAGGUAUCCUCCACAGGUGGGCACCCCACGGGACUUAUAGGGUCAUGAAAAAUUCCUUCAAGACGUUAUGGAACACCUGGCAAUGGGGAUGUGGCCGAACUAUCAUGUCCGCCGUGGCUGCCCAUGUCAAUUCAAUUUCCGUGGGCAUGUGUCAGGGGUUCUCGGCGGUGCUCCUUCCGCAACUCCUCGACUCCAAGAGUACCAUUUUGGUGAACAACGUGGAAGCGUCGUGGAUAGCCAGUUUGGGGGUUAUAUCAAAUCCUCUAGGAGCGUUGAUGUCAGGAGUUUUCAUGCAGAUCUUAGGAAGAAAAACCACAGUUCAAUUGACGUCUAUACCAUUUUUAAUUGGUUGGAUAAUAAUUGGAUUGUCUACAGACAUAACGUUAUUAUGUCUGGGUCGAUUCAUAUCAGGAGUGGCUAUCGGUAUGUCGUCAGCAUGUUACGUUUACGUAGCCGAAGUGAGCUUGGCUAAACAUCGAGGGGUUCUGUCGUCGUUUGGGCCGAUUUUCGUGUCGAUCGGGGUUCUCAUCGUCUAUUCCCUGGGUUCGAUCAUGCCUUGGCAGGUGGUCAGCAUCCCGUGCGCCCUGACGUCACUCCUGAGCUUCCUGUCGGUGAAUCUGACGCCGGAGUCACCAUCGUGGCUCGCGUCCAAGGGCCGCGUGGCGGACGCCGGCAAGUCACUGAUGUGGCUGCGCCGGAAACCGUCGCUGGCCGACAAGGAACUGGCUGAGAUCCUAAACAACCUGGGCGACGGCAAUGGGUCCACCGCGCCCAUGCUCCGAGACUUCACGGCGCCCGCCGUCUGGAAACCGUUCCUAAUACUGGUGUGCUUCUUCGUGCUGCAGGAGGCCAGUGGCAUAUACAUAAUACUGUACUACGCGGUCAACUUUUUCCAAGUGGCCGGCUCAACGGUGGACAGCAAUGUAGCGUCGAUAGCGGUCGCGGUGCUCCGGCUGGUCAUGAGCGUCACCGGGUCCGUGUGCAUACAGCACGUGAACCGCCGGACGAUGGCCAUGGCGUCGGCCGUCCUGAUGGCCGUGUCGAUGGCCGCGUGCGGCGCCUACGAGUCGGCGUACGGGCCGCUGUCGGUCGAUGCCAGGCCGUACGGGUGGGUGCCGCUGGCGUGCAUCCUGUUCAACGUCAGCGUCAGCAUGCUGGGCAUGGUGCCGUUGCCGUGGAUGAUGAUCGGCGAGCUGUUCCCGCUCAAAGUCCGCGGCAUAAUGGGCGGCCUGGUUCCGUCGCUGGGCUACUUCUUCAUAUUCGUCACGGUUAAAAUGUCACCAGGCUUGAUGACGGCGCUGACCAACGAUCAGAUCAUGUGGCUGUUCUCGGCCGCUGCCGCGGUUGCCGCGUGCUUCGUGGCCGUGUUCCUACCGGAAACCCGGGGCAAGACGCUGGUCCAGAUCGAGAAACUAUUCAGCAGCGGCGAGCAUGAAGCGACCAAGGGCACUGAAUACCUGGAAAAAAAGUUCAAGCCUAACGAUUCUUCCGCGGUGUACACCAUCAGUUCGUUAGUGGACGUAUGUCACAAAUAACCACCGUGACACCACACGUUACCAGGUUACCUAAAACUGCAGCGGCGUGUCGUAAAAAAACUACACUUGCCUUCGAAUCAAAAUAAUUUUACCUAUACCACGUGGUAGUCGUUCACGUCGACUAUUUUGACUGAAGGGCGCAGCUGGACAGGUAACUUACGGUGAUGCGCGACGUACGAAUUGCCUAUAGGUACCUACUGUAGGUACUACCUGUGACUCACAGCCUAUUUCGGUUUUUCGUUUCUUUUCGAGUGUCGUGUUCGCACAUGUCGUUAUCAGAAAUGAAAUUCGUCCGCCAAUGAGCGUAGACUUAACACACCAAAGUCAAUUGGAUUUUUUGUACUUUGGCUAAUUAGCCGGUAUCAGUGGUAUCUAAUUCAUAUUGGGUAACCAGUUACGCACUACCUAACGUGACACGAUUCAAAAUAAGAAAAUGGUCGUUUUAAAGAUCACAUAUUAUCAGUUAGCUGAUCACACACAAUAAUCACACACACAGACACACACACACACACACACACACACACACAACAAACACACACAUACACUCACAAAGAUAUUGAAACACCUAUUUUUAUUAUUUAUUUUUUGUUUAUCGACAUCAAAAUAUUGUAAGAAGACAUAUAGAUAUCGAGUGUAAUUUCUCCUAUUAUCUAUAUAUUUUUGUAUUUUAUGUGGCGUUAAUGGACUUAAUAAAAACUAGUAAUAUAAAUAUAUAUUAUAUUAUAUUGUGUUACCUAUAAUACCUUUAAUACGGCUAUUAUACACGUCAUCGUGCAUAAUAGCGUCAUAGCGAUAUGUGAUUGAAAUCAAAUAACAAUUUAUGUUAUUUUAUACCUGUAUAGUUAAGUAUUUAUCAAUUUAUUUAUUCUAUAAUAAUAUUGCCUAAAUUGUAAAUAAAACAAACUUGUGAUAUUAUUUUAUUGUUAGGCAAAUUGUGUAAAAUCAAUUAGUGUUAUAUCAUGUACAUUUUUUAUAAAAUAAUUUAUUACCUGUAUUGUAUAUUGAUAAAAAUACAGUAUAAAUACUAAAUCCUUA